AACUGCUGGUGGUGUUGGUGUGGUGGUGGUGGUGGUGUUAGUGUUGUGGAUGGUGGUGGUGGAGGUGGUGACGGAGAAUAUAACAAAAAGAAGACUCACUGUUAUGUCCUCAUCUCCUGCUGCCCCAAACACCUUGUAUAUCCUUUUGGUCGCCCUCAAAAGACGAAGAAUCACAUUUUCUCUAAUAAUUCCUUUCAAGGUAAGCUAUAACUUUUCAAAACUAAACCAGACGAUGGAAAAGAGAAUAUACAAUACAGCUUUCCAAGGUACAGCAUGCAUGGUAUAGAGGACACACACACACACACACACACACUUUUGAGAUUACCUUGCACACAAUAUAAAUUACAGGACAAAACUUUUAACAACUCACGAUUUUUGAAGUGAACCAAAUGCUGGUGUUUGGUAGCGUCCUUGUUGGCCUCCUGACGGUAGCGGUCGGGGCGGCUGUGGCAGAGACUGUGAAGUCUGAUGGGGGCUUAAACACCAAGAGAAAAAUUGCCUUCUUUCACCCGGAGCAGCCUCUCCUGGGCAAUGUUCCCCCCGGGCCGCUGGGCGAGGCACACCUCCGCCUGAAGGUGCACGACGUGGCCUUCAUGCUGCGCGCUCUCCGCACCGUGGUGAGGGACGUGCGGCCCGGCGCCCCAGACGGUGGCCGGGAGCCCCUCACCAGCAGGUUCCCGGCGUCGCCCAUGCCUGAGGACAGAAAGGUGCGGCGCCACUGUAGGCACGGCUUUGUCCCCUGCGUCACCUACCUGAGUCGCGUGGCGCACACCCUGAGCCUCAGCACGCAGCACGACCCGCCCACGCUGAAGCAGGGCAGGAGGAAGGGAAUGUGCUUCAGAAAGAGUCGCCGACUAUCAAUAUUUUGUGACCCUCGCCACAGGAAGCCACAGGAAACCAAAGAGAUUAGUACAGAGGUAAAGAAAGGUGUCAGCAGUGCUAUGGAGCAGGUAAGUCGGGCGGGAAAACAAAGUAUAAGUACCAGAAUGAAGACUGUAAAACCAACAGUAACAAAAAAUGUUUCUAUUAUCGGCGCCCUGAUACACGUUUUCGUUAAGAAAAUUAAGACACUAGCGAAGGCGGAAGUGAAAGAAAAAAAGGUUCUUAGCAAUGUACGUAAGGCCAGUCAAGCCAACAAGCUGGAGCUGUACAGACAGACGGUGACGGCGCUGCAGUACAUGUGCUGGUACACGAUGCACGGCGUCCCAUACCUCGCACACCUCCUGCAGUGCGACUCUUCAGACUCAACACGCAAACAGCCCGACGGAGAUUUGCGGGCCGGUAACGAUGACCCCUUCGGCUGCGCCCUCUACUCCUUCUGCCCCAACCCUUGCUGCGGCGGCUUGAGGGAGCCCAGCAAGGAAGACUGCUGGAAUCGCUUCAGCAACCCAUGUCGCCUGCACGGACUCAAGGGUGGACGUGGCUGCAAGAUCCCCAGAGAACAAAAUCUAAACUAUAACCUGCUUGUCGAUCACGGUGUCCAAGUGACGUGUGACUGUGGAGCGGGGCGCCGAUAUGAGCCCGUGGCGGGCAUGUGUGUGUGGCGGGAUCACUGUUUGCACCCCGCCGCGGCGUGCCCAAAGCCACACCAACACUGCUUCAACCUGUUCGGCAGCCACGGUUGCAGGUGUGACCCGGACUACCGCUGGAGUGACUACAACCAACGCUGCGUGCCGCUCUAUCCGACCAAGAAGAAGGAGGAGGAGGAGGAAGAAGAGGAGGAAGAUGUGGGAGAUGAACUAGUGGAGAAAGUGAACGACUGCCCGAUCAUCAAGUGGCUCAACAAGCAGAUUAAUACCACCGCUACAAUUCCUCCAGAGCGUACGCUGAAUUAUAACUGGAGCAGAAUCUAAAUCGUCAGAUGGCUUUAUUUAACACAAUACAAUAUCACCCGUUACUGUUUAUUAUUAUCAAAAA